AUGGAGGAGCCACCAUCUGCGGCAGUAGGGGAAUUAUCUAACCGGAGCCGCAACACCUUUCACUGCUUAAUGGAGCUAUGUGCUCCACUUCUGGCCUUUACGGGACUGCGUGUGGCUGCACGUAUAAAUAAGGAGGGAAGGCCUUGUUCUCGACACAGUGCAGGCGAGCUCAGACGCAGUGCAACAGGACACUCCCAACAUGAAGCUGACAUCGAUGUUCGUGGCCCUCCUGGCGGUGGUGGCGGCGGUGCUGAGCCUGGCCAGCGCCGAGCCCUUCAAGAAGCUCAAGGGAUUCAAGAAGAAGGGCGGCUUCAGGCCCCGCCCCGUCAUCCACCGCCCUGUCUACGUCCGUCCCGUCCACUACGGCGGAUACGGAGGCGGCUACGGAGGCGGCUACGGCCACGGCUGGUAAAUCGCGAGACCUCAGGGCGUCUCCUCCUCCCGGAGUCUGCCGCAGGCGCUGUGGAAAGGCAUCGGGCCGGAGGUGCUUCAGGAAUGGCCAAGACCAGCUUUAAGAAUCACUUCACUUUUCUGAGAGUCACUGCACUUUGCCUUUUGUAUCUUUUUACUUUCUUUAUUCCUGUAAAGCCAACCAAAUAAAUUUAAUGACUUUUA